AUGCAUGUUUUCCAGACAGGCCACGAAGAACUUGUGCAUGAUAUAAAAUAUGAUUACUAUGGCAAGCAUGUGGCAACAGCUUCUUCGGACCAGCACAUAAAGGUUUUUGACCUUGAUUCUGCUUCAUCUGCAUGGGUACUCAACGACCUGUGGAAAGCCCAUGAUUCUCUGGUAGUGAAACUAUCGUGGGCACAUCCAGAGUUUUCAGGACAAAGGCUUCUCGCGUCAUGUUCUUAUGACCGUACAGUGAAAAUUUGGCAAGAACUGUCAAAUGAGUUACAUGGAUCAGGUCGUCGGUGGGUCAAAUUGGCGACAUUAGCAUCCGAAUCCUUUGGCCCUAUCUACGAUGUUGUUUUUGCUCCUUCACAUUUGGGCUUGAAGCUAGCUUGUGUUGGAUCCGAUGGUAUCACACAUAUUUAUGAGUCAUUGGAGCCAUCUGACUUGUCCAUUUGGUGUCUUACUUCUGAAAUACCUGUACUAAACCUGUCGCUUCCCGCAAAGAGUCUUCAAAGCAGUUUCUGCAUUGAGUGGUGUCCAGCAAAGUUCUCGAAAGUAGAGAUGCUAUGUAUAAUAGCUCUUGACCAGGGUUUUAUCUAUGGGACAGGCAUGGAAACCCAACACACUAACGUGAAUAAUGAAAGGGCGGGUGACGGUUUAAACAUAUCCAACAAACAAGCAUUCGACCUGCAAGUUCUUCAUGACAACAACGAAAAAACCGAAGUAGAAGGUGCAUAUCUGGCAAAGCAUCUGUCUGCGGGAGAUUCUACUGAUACAGCCAAGUAUGUCAGGCUUUGCAGUCUACCGGAACACAACGGUCUUAUAAGAUCUGUCAGUUGGGCACCAUCAAUGGGUCGAAGCUAUCAUCUUAUCGCUACUGGAUGCAAAGAUGGAUUUAUCAGAAUCUUUAAAGCGACAGAAGCUAACGACAAUGGUUUGAAGAUUGAACUUACAGCAAAACUCGACGAUCACAAGCAAGAAGUUUGGAGAGUUGCAUGGAACAGUACAGGCACUAUAUUGAGCUCAGCGGGGGACGAUGGUAAAGUGCUGGCAGUGCAUGAGCGAAAUAAACAGCAGUAA